CCGUUUCCCACUCCUACGAAAUCCGCUCUAUMCAAUGCGACCACCUGAACAGGAUUAGCGCUAAGUCGUGGUAUAAACAGUUGGUUCUAGUUUCGAAUAACCCGAAUAAAAAUAAUUUCAAAUACAACUAUAUUUCCAGCAGCGUACUAGGGCAUUAAUGGGUCGCUGGAUUUGUUAGUCGCAGUGUAUAAUUUGUACCUCUUCCACAGGUCACCUGGAGAAUGACGUCCAAGGUUGUCAUGGUGUUUUUCUUUAUAUCUUCAGUGUUUGUUUUGUCAACAUCAAAAAGAGAUUGUGAUGCCUUAUAUUAUGUAGGUUAUUCACUGACAGGUUCGCCUUCGCAAUGUCGACCACAAUGCAUCAGUAUUAGCAAAGCAUCAUGGGAGGCUAUCAAGUGCAGGCAACGAGCCGCCGCUUUUUGCUUCUUCCAUCAAACAAACCUUAAAAUGUCCUUGCUCAAGAUCUUCACUAAUUGGUUGACUCUUUGUCUAAGUUUCCUUUCAUUUGCAGCGCUGGGAAAAGCAACUGAUACAUUUUUAGAACGAAUUUAAACUCGUAGCAAAGUGCGCUACUCUUGAAAAGGCGUUUAGCUGUCACAAGAUGACCUAAUCUAAGUCUGUUUAUGUACCAUUACAUUUUGUUUACUCUAAAUUAAAUAGGAAUCCUCUAGGAAUCCAGCUACCUUUUGAGUUCGACAGGGAAUUGACAAAAUUAAUGGCCACCGCAAAAAAUGAUCAGACGUUUUUUAAGUACUUAAUGUAGUUUCUACUUAGGUUAUAAAAUGCAACAGAAAGGAAAAAUGUUCAAAGGAAAACAAUCAUAGUGACGUUGAUAAUAAACACUGACAUCAAGUCUACAUGAAGCGUAAUUAAAAAGAUAAAACAUACGCUUAAAUUAAUCUUGAGCAUUAAAAUUAAACGUAACGUACUCUGUAAUAGACCUAACGGCUGCGAAAUGAAUUAGAUUAGAGCUAAAAUAUCACCUCAGGCAGUUUAACCAAGACUCUAAUCGACUAAGGAUCACCAGUGUCAACUGUGAUUGUGUGUAUUUUGUGUUGAUAGCUGUCUCUCAUCUUUUAACAAAUCAAGAAUUGACUGUGUAAAUAAAUUAGCAGUAGCUUAAAUGCCUUUGGAUACUGGAAGUCUACGGCCAGUGUGUAUAGGUUUGCUGCGAGGGUAGACCAAAGCUAAGCACUUCUGAUUCUCUUUGUGAAGACUCUAAUGAUGGCGAAGUUCACCGUUCAAAAGGUUUGUCUUUUGCUAAUGGUUGUAUUAAACAUGGCUUUAUCUGCAAAGCCAAGUUCAGAGAUGUCUUCACUUCAUCAUCAAAUGUCACGUGAUGAACUAGAGUGGUAUUUUGGAGUGUCGUCUCCUUAUCAAGUGCCGCAUUACGAUGUCGUCACACCAUUCCUAUCCGACCAAGAAGGACGUUUCCAAGGUUACCAGAUGCAGACACYCAACGAGCUAMCAAGGCAAUAUUACACAAUCCCUUCGAGAGACAAACCGCUUCUGAUAUCAGUCUCUCCUAGAAACGCGUCGACCUCAAAACUUAUCUCGAUAGAAACACACCAUGGAAAUGGCUCCYUAACAGGAACAAAGUGGAACGCGCACCUUUGUUUUGGUCACGUGAUGUCACAUCCGGGAUCGUUGGUUGCUAUUGGAAACGUCGAUGGGCUGGAUGGGAUAAUACAGACGUAUCAAUUCGUCUGGUACAUUCGCCCUUUGUCUACUCGACUGAUAAAGCKAAGAGAGGCAGGGCGUGGCACACCACAUGUUGUCACGAGGUURAAGAGGGAUGUCCUACCUGACCUAAAACUGUUMAGUUACCUAAACGAUGCGUUGCGCAAYCGUGAAUCAAAGCACAAGUAUCUAGAGCUGGCUAUAGUUGCUGAUAAUUAUGCUAUAUCUAGUAUAGGYAAUAGAGACAUUGAUAUCAAACAUCARCUUACUAUGUUGGCUGUCCUUACUAAUUUAAUGUUUCACGACGAAAGUAUUGGGGAGCGUAAAAUUGCUGUCAUACUCAUUAAGAUUGUCUUGAAGAAAGAUGGGCUCGGGUAUCGCAAGGCUGACUCAAAUAAACAUAAACUUUUCAAGUUUGGUGAAUGGGCGUCAAAGGCGUUCCCUCACGAUGACAAGGAUGYAGGACAUCCUGAUGUGGCUGUGCUUGUGACAAAGGGAAUGAAAGGAGGUCUUGCUASUUAUACAACGACCUGCCUUAGCACCUUUGGYAUAGGUCUAGCAAACGACUUUGGCUUAGGAACAGCUCAAAUUAUGGUUCAUGAGAUCGCACACACACUUGGUGUUAGCCAUGAUGUAGACAAUGGGUGUGCUGAUGGAAGAAAUUUGAUGUCAACUGCCAUUACCGGUGGUAAAGAUCCAAGACGAUGGUCAUCAUGCAGCAAAAAAUUGAUACAAGCUUUCCUAAGUGGCCCUGAGUCCAAGUGCCUUGACGACAAACCGGGACAAACGGUACACGAGCCAGAAAUAUUCAAAAUCAAACUUCCUGGACAAGUGUAUGAUGGGGAUGAACAAUGCAGAAAGGCAUACGGCAAGACGUUUCGUCGCUGUAGGAAACAGUUUUGGUGUAUCAAAGGAGUGUGCGUUGAUGAUGGUACAUCAAUGGUCGAUGGUGGGUGGAGUAGCUGGAAGUAUACCCCGUGUACACAUACUUGUSGUGGUGGRGUUCAAUGGAAGGAAAGGACGUGUACCAACCCAGCGCCAAGUGGUGGAGGAAUGAAAUGUGAAGGUCCCGAGAUGUUAGCAAACUCGUAUAGAAUCUGUAACCCUCAUGAAUGCCCUAGUGAUGCAAAGUCUUACCGAGACGAACAGUGUGCAAGUAAAUAUGACCAAAGCUACAAAGGCUUUAUCAGCUCAAGCGCUCCAUGUGAUCUGAAAUGUAGACGAGGAUCUGCAGUUUACACGAAUGGGAUUUUAAGAGAUGGUACAAGAUGUAGUGACGAUCCUAACAUUAAGGAUAUCUGUAUACAGGGAAAAUGUCGGAAAGUUGGAUGUGAUAAUGUUCUUGAAUCAGGAGUCUCGUUUGAUCGAUGUGGACAAUGCAAUGGUGAUAGUACCAAGUGUGCACUUGUAAGGGGAACGUACACCAAGGAUUAUCGCUCUUGGGGAAUCAAAGCUUCUGGCAUCAUGUUUACAGCUCCAAAAGGGGCCACUCACAUCUAUGUGCACGAGAAAAACAAAGAUUAUAAUCUAAUAGGGGUGCAAGAUUCCAAGGGUCAAUAUCUCAUCCYACUUCCAUCGUACAGCAAGACGGUCAAAGCUGCAGGCACAAGCAUCAGAUACCAUAGCGAACAAAUGGCGGAUAAAGAAUGGCUUUAUGUCAAAGGCCCAAUAAAUCAGCCAUUACGAUUUACGUUCAUCUACUUUGGUCACCCAAACAAGGGAGUUAAUUACCAAUAUUAUGGACCUGGAAAAUCGGUUGUCACCGCUGACCAAGUACACUGGAAGUAUUCAUCGUGGAGCGCAUGCUCACAGUCAUGCGCUGGAGGUGUGCAAAAGCGUACAGUGGAAUGCAAACGACAAGACGACAAAACAUUCAUGAACGAUAAAGUGUGCGAGAAGAAGGAAAAGAAGCCAGAGAAGACCCGACCUUGCAARACCUCACCAUGCAAAMCUGAGUGGUUUGUUUCAUCCUGGAGACCUUGCUCUAAAACCUGCGGCAAGGGAACGCAAACACGACGAGUUAUAUGUCGUCAGAGAGUCACUCAGCUGAUAUACAAGACUGUUGAUGAUGGUUUAUGUCGAGGGAAAAAGCCAAGUCCUUUAUCACAGUCAUGCAACCAAAUUGCUUGUAAACCCGAAUGGACACCGCUUGGCUGGGGAAAGUGUUCCAAGACGUGUGCAGGUGGAGUUAUCUCGCGAGGAUUGUCAUGUAGACGUCUUAACGAACAUGGUGUUUACAUGUCAUUGGUACCUCAUAUGUGUCGUCAUGCUCCACGCCCAACRACUCAAGAAUCAUGUAACGAUGAUGUCCUGUGUCCUAUUAGUCCRGAGGUUGACAACGGGAAAACACCACCUUACAAGCCACUUGGUUGCUAUCGCGACAGUUAUCCCCAUGCAGUWCCAGUCUACCUCGGGAGCAUGCGCAAUAAGAUCAAGUGGACAAACAUGAAGUCUACAGUAGACGCAUGCGCACGACUGGUUAAACACCGCAAUCCAACUUACAAAGUGUUUGGUGUGAAGUUUUACGGAGAGUGUUGGUCGGGUCCAAAAGCAUUUGAGACAUACGAUAAAUACGGGACGUCCGUUGCUAAGGAUUGCUACUCUGGAGUCGGUACACACUACACCUACUACGUUUAUAAGUAUAUAUAAACAAACCAACCAUUUAUGUACUUGUAAUACAUAGCAAAUCCAUGCAGCUUUUUAUUUGUGAUUAUUAUAGUAUAAGACGUGGGAUUCAGUUUGACGUCGAUAUAGCGAAUCUUGUUCUCUUCUUUCACAUUCUUCAUAAUACCUUCUGUUCUUGAGAACAUGGUAUUGUCAUUUAUAUAAAACGUAUUGUAAUUUAAAAUGRAUUUGAAUGACAAUUGUCAACCCCCGAAAGAGAAGGCAUUACAGAUAUAGUARAUAGUAUAUAGAAAGUAGUGACUUCAAUGACUACAGUAGUAUACCGUAGCACAGAGAGCCCAUAUUUUGAUUGUUGUAUAGUUUUUUUUGUUGUAUUAAAAGCUACUCUAUUUAA